CCAACAACCAUCAAACCGCACUCUACCAAUAACGCUCGCCGUCCCGCAGCCGGAAACUCUCCCAUUUCCCGGCGCCCGCCAUGAGCUUCCAAGACGUCGAAUCAGGGCUUGACCCACGCUCUUCAGCAACCGUCUCGAGUGAAGAAGGCGCCUUCAUCACCCUCCAGUCCUCCCUGUCGCUCCAAGUCUUCAAGAUCAACUCCAAUGUGCAGGCUAUUCGGGGCCGUGUCGACCAGCUGGGGACGCCCAAAGACUCGGCUGCCCUGCGAAAGAGCCUACACGACCUCACCGAGACCACGCGCGACCUUGCGAAACGCGGUGGGGAGGACCUCAAGAAGCUAGCUGCAAUGCAGGCCGCGCUUCCCUCGAAGAAGACCGCGCUGCAGAAGAUCUCGAACGACCUGGAAGCCGCGUUGGUCGAGUUCCAGCGUGCGCAGCAUGUCAGCGUCGAGCGGCAGAGGUCUGUCGUGCAGGGGGUGAGGUUGGCCGUGGAUGAUCAUGACGCCCCUCCACCCGAAUACGAAGAAGACUCCCAAGUGCAACGGCAAGCGCAGGUUCUGCAGCAACAGCUCUCGCCGCAUGAACUUGCGUAUCAAGAGUCAUUGAUCCAAGAACGGGAGCAGGAAAUACGGGAGAUCGAGACGGGUAUCCACGAGCUCGCAGAGAUCUUCCAUGACCUGGGGACACUAGUCCAGCAGCAAGGCGGCAUGCUCGACAACAUCGAGUCGAACAUCUCGUCAGUCGCCGCAGACACUUCCAGCGGCGCGGAGGAACUACGGACAGCUUCGGACUACCAGCGCAAGGCCGGCCGACGCGCUGCGUGCCUGAUGGUCAUCCUCGUCAUCGUCACCGCCAUCGUGUUGCUAGCCAUUCUUUCAUAGACACCGACCGACACAUUCACUCGAUCUGACUGCCAGCAUUUAUACCAUUCACAUCGGUACUAACCUAAUGCAUAACUUAUCGUAUGCUAUUCAAGUCAGCUAGCUUAGACUCCGCAUCUUUCGAUAUACAUGUCGGGCUAACAUUGACUACUUUCAUCCAUCGUGAUACCGCCCAUACCGACACGUCCACUACCGUAAGAGGCAAAGACCUACAACUUGGAGGUAGGCGGUAAGAGACCCGACUCUUGCCAGGGAAGACCGAGAAACUCCCAGAUGAAGUGGAAUCUGCGCUCAUGCCUGUCAGCUACAACCAAGAACACCCAGCCUCUGCAACGCAUGAUUACCUGUCGCUCCCGAAGAAGGGCUCCUCCUUCCCGUUGCCGUCCUGCACCCACAUCCACGGCGCUCCGAAAGCCCCGAGCUCGACUACUCUGCGUGUAUUGCUCGUGAGACAGUCCUUCCAUUCUUUCUGGGCCGGUGCCGCCAAUAUCGCGUCGACUUGCGCGUCCGAGUAAAGGUGCAAU